AAAAAAAACUAAAUAAAAUGAUAAAGACACUUUCUCAAGGAUAUCAACUACUCAAAACAACAAGGGCUGCAAAGAGAUGUAGUAUAUGCAGUGGCGACAGCAGCGGCAACAGUAGAGCGUUUGGAAUCUUUAGCACGAUAAACAUGUCUGUAAAAGAGAAUCGCUCGUCUACGAUCGUCUCUAGUCGGGACCGGACGACGAAAGCAAAAUCCGGGAUUGACACAGAUCUGAGGACUGUGGUCCAGGAGGUGGCCAUCCCAGGAAAAUACCAGAUGUAUUUCAAACCAGAUAAGCGAGCAACUCGAAAGGCGGAAGGAGACAUCCAAGUAGGCCGAUCAAGAUCACCAAAGAAGAUUAAUGCAGCAAAGUGGAAGAAUGCGCUUGAUCUUACACAGGACAUGCCAGGUGCCCAGCAGCCAUCAAAUGACUCAAAUUCUAAAAAUCCUCAGAAGACACGAGGCUUUGAGAAUGUAGGCUGGCGGGCACUUGAGCAGGUUUAUGCGUGUGAUGCGCUGCCACAUCCUCUAUUUCAUCGUGAUCAUUUGGAAAUAACCAAGAUCAAGUUAUUGCCAGACCGAAAAACUUUUCAACUCUGGUAUAGACCUAAAGCAGAUAACCGAGUGUCAGCGGAUGAUAUUGCCGAAGCUGUAGCUCAAUACUCUGGAACCUUUACGGCAAUGCUGGCAAGACGCGCGCGUACAUCGGGAUCCUCCAGACUGACGUUCCACCUGGUCCGACAAAGUGAUCUAGUCGCGAGUUUGGAUGAAGCGUGGGCCAAGAUUGAGCAGGAAAUAGCGGAGCAAGAGAAAAGCGAGUUGGAGAUGACUUUGCAGAACAGGAGUAUAAAAGAAUUGAAAUAAAGGAAU